AUGGCGUUUGAGGCAAGAGACGUUGAAAUCGAUCCUGCUCUUCAGGAUCUCGGCUACCCAACCCCAGACAGUGAAGACAUGCGUUCCGAAUACAACAUGGCAGACAGACUCACCAUCGAUGUCGAGUGCCCGCCGCUGGGCACCAGUACUUGCUCUAGCUUUUCUCCAAUGGACUCUCCUACGCCGACUCCGACCUCUCUUUAUAGCCAGGGAUCUCUUGCGUCCCCUGGAUGGCAUGACGGCGGUGCAUAUUCUCAUGGUUUAGAAGGCACUAGGACUGCCACCCCGUUGAGAAGCAGCUUCCGUAUGGCCGACAUCACAGCUGGAGACGGCAUGAUGCAACAGUAUGAAAACGUCGACGGCCACGAGCGAGUUCCUCUCUUCGAUUAUAUGCCAGGGUACUCAGACAACGUGGAACAAUUUUGGAUCCCCCAGGAUAUUCCCAAGGCAUAUGAACCAGCAAACAGCUUUCAAUGCCAACCAAACAUGGGACCGCAGUAUCCUCAGAUGGUCCGCAACUGCUACCGCAACAACCAGCCCAGUUAUCUUCCCGAGUCAGCAUCUAACCCCUGUCUGUCUCGUCCCAUCUUUCACCAGACUGAGAGGUUGCCAAAUACCAUGUCUAUGACGAACAUGAGCCAAUGGAUGCCACCUGCUGAUAUGAUGCAACCACAAACCAUCACUCCUGCACAGGCGUUUACACAGGCACCGAUGACGCCGCCUUCAUCCUAUGCCGGAUUCCCCGGAUCCGCCAACACACUGCGGACUCACACGCCCGUGACCCCAGUGCGGUCGUGCUCCCUGGGCUCUGGAACAGAAACGCCCAUGAGCCGGCUCUCUGGUGGCCACAGUGACAACACCGACGAAGAAUGGCUUUCCCCGGGAAUGCGGGAGAGUCUACGACACCGACAGCCACAGCGCCAGCUUUCCCGAAAGUCCCUCAAAAAAUCAUCAUCCAAGCAAAGCCUACGCCUCGAAAACCUACCCUCAAUCAUUAAACAAGUUCAAUUCAAAUGCACCGAACCCGGAUGCAAAGGCCGAUUCAAGCGACAGGAGCACCUCAAGCGACACAUGAAGAGCCACUCCAAAGAGAAGCCUCACGUUUGCUGGGUCCCCGGCUGCAACCGAGGCUUUUCUCGCAGCGACAAUCUAAAUGCCCACUACACCAAGACUCAUAGCAAGCGUGGUGGCCGCAACCGCUACGUUGCUACUCUCGAUGAGACUAGCCCUGAUUUCGACCCAGAAUUCCGCGGCCAACUAACCCCAGAUGGCCGUCCUAUCUAUGGGUCGAAAUUGGACGACCCCAUCCCCAUGGAUAGCACUGAUGCGGAUGGCGAGUCAUGGGACGAGUAA